UUUAAACAACCCGGAAGAAGAAGACCGCUCUAAACAGGAUAUUACCGUGAAACAGAGGUUAGAAUUUCUCUCUCACAGCCAUCUUGGAUAUAACGUCCCGAGUCGCAGCAACCAUGCCUGGUGAAGCUACAGAAACUGUCCCAGUCACAGAGCAGGAGAUGCAGCAGCCUCAAGUGGAGACCGCUACACCUCCUGCCCCAGCUUCCUCCCAGAAACCUCAGGCAGCUUCUGGCCCUGCAAAGCCCAAAGGCAAAGAUGCCAAGAAUGUGCAGGGUUCCUCUGCCCCAAAGGCUGUUCCUGGCAGAAGAAAACGUUCCUCCAUGUCUGCCUCUUCCUCUUCUCCCACCUCACCAAAAUCUACUCCAAAAUCCACUACCCCCCUUUCACCUGUGCCAUCUCCCUUAGCUACCUCACCUGGCCUCACUAGUGAGGCAAACCGCUUCACCCCAAAAGUUGUCAAGGCUGGCAAAGCUAAGAAAGGGGAGGCAUUUGUGCCUGCUCCUUUGGCGUGCAAGGUCACACCAGCAAAUGAAAACCAUGUAGAGGCUAGCCCUAAGCAAACUGUAGUUGAAGCAAAAUCUGCCCCAGUUGAGCCAAACAAACCCCCAGCAGCUGCUGCAACUCCUGUUGCAGCCCCAGCUGCUUUUAAAGUUACCUCAAAGCCUGCUGUGGCAGCUCCCGUUUCAUUUUCAGAUACUCUUACCUCUGGCCCUCCCGCAUCAGUUGAAGUUAAGCCUGCUCAAUCAAAAGCUGCUCCUGUUAUUGCAGCUGCUGAUGAUGAUCUCCCUCCACUUAUCCCACCUGAGAAGCCAAUUAAAAUGCCACAACCUGUACCCACUGUAGAGGUGAAGGUAACAUCCAAACCGGAUAUUGAGCCCACGUCUGUGCCUGUAAAGGUUGUUGCAGCAGCGAUGGUUAAAUCUGCUCCUGUUGAAAGUGCUGAAGUUGUUGCUGAAGCCUCAACUGCAGCUGUUGAGGCUGCUAAACCAGCUCACAUUGAAGCUCCAAAAACAGCCCCAGCCAAAAUUGAGGCUAAGGAGGCCCCCCCAAGCAAACCUUCUCCUGAGCCAGCUGCUGAGGCCAAACCUGCUCCUGUGGCGGCUGCUAAGCCAGCUGCUGAGGCCAGACCUGCUCCUGUGGCGGCUGCUAAGCCAGCUGCUGAGGCCAGACCUGCUCCUGUGGCGGCUGCUGAGGCCAGACCUGCUCCUGUGGAAGCUGCUAAGCCAGCUGCUGAGGCCAGACCUGCUCCUGUGGAGGCUCCUAAGCCAGCUGCAGAACCUAAACCAGCGGCCGCUGAGGUUACCAAGCCAGCCCCUGUGAUGGGUGCUAAGCCGGUCAUUGAGGCUGAAUUGGUUAAGGCGGCACCAGCUGUGGUUGUCAAGCCUUCCAAACCACUAGCUGAACCUUCAUCUGCUCCCUUAAAACCUGCUCCAGUUGAGCCUGCUGUUCCUGCCCCAGCUCCCCUUAAACUCACAUUUGCUGAGGCAGUUGCAAAACCUGCCCCUGUUAAACCUGAGGUUGAGGUAAUCAGUAAAACUCCGUCCGAAUCCGUCUCAACACCCAAACCUGUCCCCACAACUGCUAAAACCCCAGUCAAGGUGGAGCCUGUGAUCAAGAACGACAAGGGCUCCGGUACAGAGUCAGACAGUGAUGACUCAGUCCCUGAGCUGGAGGAACAGGACUCUGCACAGACACAGACACAGCAAGCUCAGCUUGCAGCAGCUGCCGAAAUAGACGAGGAGCCAGUCAGCAAAGCCAAACAGAGCCGCAGUGAAAAGAAAGCACGAAAGGCAAUGUCGAAGCUUGGUCUCAGGCAGGUAACGGGGGUCACCAGGGUCACUAUUCGCAAGUCAAAGAACAUCUUGUUUGUCAUUACCAAACCAGACGUCUACAAGAGCCCUGCAUCAGACACAUACAUCGUCUUCGGUGAAGCUAAGAUCGAAGAUCUUUCCCAGCAAGCCCAGCUGGCUGCCGCAGAAAAAUUCAAGGUACAGGGAGAAGCUGUAUCAAACAUCCAGGAAAACACACAGACGCCAACAGUACAGGAGGAGAGCGAAGAAGAGGAGGUGGAUGAGACCGGAGUUGAGGUCAAGGAUAUCGAACUCGUCAUGUCACAAGCCAACGUGUCGCGAGCGAAGGCUGUACGCGCCCUGAAAAACAACAACAACGACAUUGUCAAUGCUAUUAUGGAGUUGACAAUGUAAUGGGACCCUGGCAAUAAAGGGUUGAAGAAAGGUUGCUGAUUUAAGCUCGUUUAUACAAUUUAUACCCAAGAUGGAAAUAAAGUUGUGGCUUGAUAAAAUUAA